UGAAGGCGGCGUGGCGCUCUACCGGCCAGAGCCGGUAGCGCAGCCGUGGCUCCGCGCUGGGACUGGUCCUUUCGCAGCCAUUUUCUGUCCAACCAAACAGCCGUCUCAGGGAGGGAACCAACCAGGGCUUCAUUGCAGAUGGACGGAGACGGUGCCACGACCGACGCCUCCCAGCUGGGCAUCGCUGGGGAGUACAUCCCAUCCUCGCACUACGUGCUGCAACAAGAUGAUGACGGUGACGAAGGUUUGAAUGACGACGGUGGCGUGAAGGAGAACUACAGGGAGCAGGACAUCUAUCUCCCCAUCGCCAACGUGGCUCGCAUCAUGAAGAACGCCGUCCCUCAAACUGGAAAGAUCGCGAAGGAUGCCAAGGAGUGCGUGCAGGAGUGCGUGAGCGAGUUCAUCAGCUUCAUCACGAGUGAGGCCAGCGAGCGCUGCCACCAGGAGAAGCGCAAGACCAUCAACGGUGAGGACAUCCUGUUCGCCAUGUCCACGCUGGGCUUCGACAUGUACGUGGAGCCACUCAAGCUCUACUUGCAGAAGUUCAGAGAGGCAAUGAAAGGGGAGAAAGGCAUGCCCGGCGUGUCCGUGGGUGAAAGCCUGGGGGAGGAGCUCACGGACGACGGCUUCGCAAACCCUCUUCCAGCGGGAAUUAUAACGGCCGACGGCCAGCAGCAAAACGUCAUGGUGUACACCACCUCAUAUCAACAGAUUCCCACUGUGCAGCAGAUCCAGUUUUCAUGACAAGGCCUCACCUCCAGCGUGAACAAGUGACCCACGCUCACCAAACGGACCUCCCAACCCGGCGCGGGUGGCAAAAAGCCAUCCAGGAGGAAAGACUUGCGUGCUGCCGUCUGCUGCAGCACCCUUCAUGUACAGACAAAUUGUUGAGUAGAAAGUAGUUUCUAGUUCCGCUUAAUGUCCGCCAUGCCGUUAAGAAAAGUUGUAUGGUACCAAAUGUUUUGGAUUUCAACCGAACUGCCGGGACAAGGUGUUUUGUAUUUGAAAGGCUAGUCUUCACGCAACGUAUUUAGUGUUCAAAUUUUUUUUCCUUGCAUGUGUGAUAGCGUGUUUGCUUUGCUUUUUUUUUUUUUUUUUUUUUUUAUAAAGCCUCUGGGAAAGUAGCGGGCUAUCCGAAGCAAAAAAAAUGUCACUUCUCUGUGAAUAAACUGGCUCUUUUUUUUGUAAAUUCACCCAAUUUAUGUGCUUAUUACAUGUUCUGUAACUCAUUUGAAUAAAAAACGUGAUGUGUGUAAACUUUACAGUAUUUUUAUUUAUAGCAUAAAAAUGGCCAAUAAAACUGAAGUUGUAAUUUC